AUGUCUAAACUGAUUCCGAUCACCCUCACCUCCCCACCAUCAAGAUCCACCACCACUCCUCCCCUCGCCACUCCCACCCCCACCCCAACCGCCGGCGCCCGCCGUAAAAUCGGAGUCGCCGUCGACCUCUCCGAGGAAAGCUCCUUCGCCGUUCGCUGGGCCGUCGAUCACUACAUCCGGCCCGGAGACGCCGUCGUCAUCCUCCACGUCUCUCCCACCUCCGUGAGGGAGAGGCUGUGUUUGGAGAUCGAGAGGCUUGGUCUUAGCGCUGUGAUUAUGGGGAGCAGAGGGUUUGGUGCUGAGAAGAGGGGGAGUGAUGGGAAGCUUGGGUCUGUUAGUGAUUAUUGUGUUCAUCAUUGUGUUUGUCCUGUUGUUGUUGUUGUUAGAUUCCCUGAUGAUCGUGACGGUUGUCCUGCUGCUUCUGCUCCUGGAGGUACUAAGGAGGCUAUUGUUACCGUUAAAUCAGGUAGGGAUGAUGAUGAGGAUGAGGCUAAGAUUGCUGCUGCUUCGGCUCAUCAUGAGCACAUUAAAGAUGAGUAAUGGGCCCUUAGUAUCUCAUUUGAUUCACCCUCUUCACAGCCAGGUACAACUGAUGGAUGGAAACAAAGGGGUUCAGUGUGAUUGUGUGUGUGCUUUGUGCUAUCUUUUGCAACCAUGAAGUCUCUGGAAUCUCUUCUGGAUUUAUUAUUCUCAGUCCUCUCUUUUUUAAUGAUUCACCCGUAUGAUUUUCACAUUGUUUAAUGAAAAGAGUUUGUAUAAACACAAAACCCAUUUGGGAUUAUGAUCUUCAUUCAUCAAGCUGAUUUGAUAUCCCAUAGGAUACUACAAGAUAGAUGUUGGUUUGUUA